ACUAAGGAAACAAUAACAGCAGAGUUGCGGUUUGAAAUACCUCAUAAUCAUGAAUAGAAAUUUAUUUGAAUUGUAAUGAAAUCUAUGGGGAAAUUUCUCUUAAAUCUAAUUUUAGUGGAUGAAAUAAUAUCAGGGUGGAAGUUAAUUAUUAAAUGGUAAAAACUUUUGAGUAACUCCAAUAAUUAUUCAAUAAUUAUAUGGAAUGAAAAUCUAAAUGUCGACUGCCCUUCUUCGCGAUUCUCAUGAGUUGAUGCUCUUUUGGUAGAUUUAAGCUACCAGACAUUGUCAAACUGCCUAAUUUGUGCUUACGUUUUGAGAGUUUAUCUAGUAUUCGAACCUAUUCGCUAUGGCAGAAGAAUCAGCACCAGUCGCCGCUGCAGCCGCAGCCAGCCCGAAGAAAGGAAAGAAAGCAGCAGGUGGACCGAAGAAGCCGAAGUCAAAACCGACUCAUCCCCCAACUUCUUCAAUGGUAAACGCCGCUAUCAAGUCUUUGAAAGAACGUGGAGGUUCAUCCCUUCCUGCCAUCAAGAAAUACUUGGCCGCCAAUUACAAAGUUGAUGUCCAGAAACUGGCUCCUUUCAUCAAGAAGUACCUGAAGAGCGCUGUUACCUCUGGAAAAUUGGUGCAAACUAAGGGAAGUGGUGCCUCAGGUUCAUUCAAACUCCCAGCUAAGGAGAAGACGGAAAAGGCGGCUAAACCAAAGAAGGCAGCAACAAAGAAACCUAAAGCCGCCGCUAAACCGAAGAAGGCGGGAGAGAAGAAAGCAGCUAAACCGAAGAAGCCAGCCGCAGCUAAGAAAGCAGCAUCUGGUGCCGCAAAAGCAGCAAAGAAAUCUGGAACUGUAAAGGCCAAGGCACCAAAAGAAAAGAAAGCGAGAGCCCCAAAAGUAGCUAAAAAGGCACCAAAGCCCAAGAAGGCAGCAGGAGCAACAAAGAAAGCCGCUCCCAAAAAGGCAGCAGCCAAGAAGUAAAUUGUGAAUAGAGUUGAUUUCUAUUUCAUUGAGGAUUCUUC